AUGACCUUAGGUUGCGUAAACAGCGUGCUGUCCAACUACGUGGAUGUGCCCCCGAUUGUGUCCGUGUCUUUCGGUGCUGACGUCUCCCACGUCGGCCCACGUCGGCUUGCCACGGACUUGUCUGCGAGAGAGCAACACAGGACAGGGAGGCACCGGUGUCGCUACUGCGAUUACUCCCGCGACCACGCAGCCAAUGUUAGGAGGCACGAGAGGACCCACACGGGAGAGAAGCCUUACGUGUGCCGAGUGUGCUCCAAGGGCUUUUCGCAAAAGUGUAGCCUGGACGGCCACUUCAGGUCCCACCACGAGUGCCAGCGGGCCUACGGUCUGAGGAAGUGCAAGGAUGCACUCUUCGGCAACGAGGUGUCUCCCGGCAUCGGUGUCGUCUUGGAAGGACCUUUCUCGUCAAACUUGCCGUUCCCGACCAGGUAUAUCCGCGUGAGCGACUUUGUCCGGCGAGAUGUCGAUAUCAACCGCUCUGACCGCAGCAGCAGCAGCCCCGCGCUCGCCGCAGCUCCGAAGAGGCACUGGUGUGGCUUCUGCGGCUACUCCAGUUAUUACAAGGCUCGCCUCAAGACCCACGAGAGAACCCACACGGGGGAGAGGCCCUACGUGUGUCACGUGUGCUUCAGGGCAUUUUCGCAAAACGACGCCCUCCACAGACACUCGAAAGCGGUUCACGAGGGCCAGAGAAACUACUUGUGCUCCGUCUGCGGCUACUUGUCUGAUAUCUGCUGUAGCUUCUUCCUAUUUUUCGUGCCCUUACCCGUACUUACUACUCAGUGCAUGAUUCCCGCUGGUGUCAACGGCUCCCAUUGCGGCCCCGCAUUCGCCGCAGAGAAGUCUCCAGGAAAGCGACAGAGGAAAGAGACUCACCGGUGUCGCUUCUGCAGUUACUCGAGUUACCACAAGCCCAACGUUAAGAAGCACGAGAGGAUUCACACCGGGGAGAGGCCAUACGUGUGCCAAGCGUGCUUCAGGGGAUUUUCGGAACAGAGCAACUUGUACAGGCAUUUAAGAAGAGUUCGUCAAUGCCAGAGGAAUCGCACCUACUCAGUGUGCGGGAACGCACUGGUACGGGAAGAUCAGCUGCAGCACCACAAAGGGAUGCACCUCAGAUAA